CUCUCAGUGGUCCUUCCGUCUAAAGGAACAGCCUGGACUCGCUCAUAUCGCUCCUUCACAUAAUGGCCAGCAAGCAGGAGGGUGUUUUUGUUCGGCAGGAGAAAGGCUUCAGGAUGUUGCUGCUCAAAAGCAGUAGAAGUGGCUUCCUGCUGGGGGAAAUGAUCAAAAAAGCCAGACAAGCUCCUGUGUGAACAAGGCAGGACACACAAACACAUACUCUAGGCACAUGUAAAGGAGCUAAACAUGCAGAGAACAGUUUCCAGACCUAUUCGAUGUGAGUCGGCGAGAGAUCUGUUGAAGGCAAUUGAAAAAAGGCCCUGUGAGUGAAAUAUAACAUGUUGGAUCUGAGUUUUGGAAAUUCACACCUAUAGAAACCAUGAUUUUAAACCUGACUAAUGGGAGCUGCCAAAUCCCCCUUGAAAACGAGAGAGUCGGUCUGACCUUCAUUUACAGCUUGGCUUUUUCCCUCGGACUUCCAGCCAACCUGCUUUCUCUCUGGGGACUCUAUCAGUUAGGCCGGUCAGGUGGAGGUGGCUGCCAACUGGUUUAUAUCCUGAACUUACUGCUUUCAGAUCUUCUCCAGCUACUUACGUUGCCACUGUGGAUCCUUUACCUGCAGGGAGACCACCAUUGGCCAUACGGGUCUGUGUCAUGCCAGCUAGUGGGCUACGUUUUUUAUGUUAACCUCUACGCCAGCAUCAUCUUUCUUUGCCUCAUUGCCCUGGACCGGUGUCUGGCAAUCGUGUACCCUCUAAGCAGCCGUGGUGUACGGAAAGUGCGCGUGGCAGCGAUCUCAGGCGCAGUGGUGUGGACUUUGAUAUUUCUUUUCUGCCUGACCGGCCUCUAUCCAUCUGUGUUUGAACCCCAAAGACAACUGUGUCUGGAGCAGUAUCCCGUAAGCACUAGAUAUGCAUACUUCAAGAUUGCCACAGUCGCUUUGGGGUUUUUGAUGCCCUGCUCUAUAUUAGGGUACACCUCAGCCCGAAUCGGGUGGACUCUACGAAACUCUCCUUCAGUCUCCGAUCACGAACACCGCAGAAUUGUUGCGACGCUGGUUGUCAUCACUGUCAUCUUCAUCGUGAUUUUUGGUCCCUAUCACCUGGUGGGCGGUUACAGAUUCGUCACCCUGCUUCUUACAGAAAGCGAGGAAGAACAGUGUUUAGUGGAACUCUCCAUUUAUCUUUACUAUCGAAUUUGCUACGGGCUCACCAGCCUCAACACCCUCCUAAACCCUCUUUUCUACAUCUUUCUUUGCAAUGAUGCUCGCCAAGGGCUUCGGAAAUCACUUCUCUGCCCCUGUAGCGGUCAAAGGGUUCACCAGGGAUCACAAGUCACGCCUUUUCCGAAAGGACGCAGAGCAAAUGUGUAGCCACCUUGUGCCGAUGCUAAUCAGCCUUUGCACGGCAUGUGCAGGUUUUCUCACACAUACGUGAAAAUGUCUUAUCAGGCGAAGCUUUGACAAAUUGCCUGUCGCCACUGUGAUGACAUCAGUGUCAGAGACACGGCUGGUAUGAGACAUUAGCACGCUCUCUGGAUCACUGUCAGCAGAAACUAUGAGCUCAACAGCAAAUUCUUCAGUCGGACGUUCGGACUGCCAGACUGCUAGUAAAGAUGUUAAUCAGAAGUGUGCUGCUUAAAAGUCUCCAUUGAAUUCAUUAUAAUUUUGUCUUUUUUUCUAACACUGAAACACAUUUCUCGAAAAAUCCACCUUUAAGCUGUUUUAGAAAAAUAGUUUAAAGAUGAUGAAAGCAAGAAUCGGUAAAGUAGUGAAACUGGUUAGGUCACAACAAAUCGGUAAUCAGAGUGAAGGUCAAUUUCUAACAACAUUAUCUCAGUAAUUCACAAAUCAAGGGUGACACCAUAUGGAGGAUAUAUGGUAAAGCAGGUAAACACAAAUGAAUGUCAGAUUAAAGCAGUAUAACUUCAUGGUCAAGCAUGAAUGUAAUAUGAAUAUGUAAUAUAUAGUAACUUCAUAUUUAAAGAAAGACUCUAUGUGCCUGUUUUGGGGUGCACUUGACCACCUUGGGGCAGUAUGUAGAUUGUAACUUGUAAUUUGUAAGGAUCAGGUGCAUACUAGUUGUAUUAUUUCUAUGUAUGCUGUGCAUAGCAUGCAAAUUGUUGGUGUUUACAUAAUACACAAAUUACCCUCUAGUAUUGUACAACUAGAGUGUAUUACAUACAUUAAUGCAAUAUGCUUGAUUUUGACCUUCUGUUUAUAAGAGUAAUGGCUGAACCAGAUACAAUGUCAACCAUGGCUUAAUACUUAAUGACUCAUAAUCACACACAGCAAUUACUGUUUCACAAACUUUUUAUAUUAACAGUAGGCAAUAUAUUAUAUAUUGAACAGUACGCAGUACGUUAUAUGCCAUUAAGAACAUACUGUAUAGGUUUAUGUCCCAGUUUCACAUACAUGGCUUAGAUUAAAGAGAUAGUUCACCCAAAAAUGAAAAUCUUGUCUUCAUUUUCUCUCCCUCGUGUUGUUCUAAACCUGUAUGAAUUUCUUUUUCUGAUGAACACAAAAGAAAAUAUUUUGUUAAACGAUGGUCUAGAUGUCGCCUUGGGGUUAUAAGCAUGCGUCAAAACCGCCGCCAUCUUGGAACAGGGGUCUUGUCAUAGCAAGUAGCUAGGUAAAGCUGCUAUCUCCGCCUGUACAUGUCUGACUGUUGAAACGAACCAAAAGAGCAACUACAAAAUCACAUUCAUGACAAUUUAUGGUGAUGCCGCUGCAAUGACGCUGAUGCGGGGCUCCGCUGUUUCAAGAUGGUGGCUCUAUUUGACGCAUUUGCUCCAAUGAACUGUCGUAGCCAAGGCGACAUUCAGUGUACAUAUCUAUGAACGAUGGCAAGCACAGCUGAUUGUAACCACUGACUUCCAUAGGAAAAACAAAUACGAUGGAAUUCAAUGGGUAUCGUCAGUGCUUACAAAGUUUUAUCAAAAUAUCUUCUUCAUCAUUUAUUACAAUAUUUCCAAAAUAUUUGUUUUUCUACUAUGAAAGUCAAUGGUUACGGCAGCUGUGUGCUUACCAUCAUGUAUCAAAAUAUCUUAUUUUAUGUUCAUCAAAAUAAAAAAACUCAUACAGGGUUAGAACAACAUCAGGGGAGAGUAAAUAAUGACAGAAUUUUCAUUUUGGGGUGAACUAUCCUUUUAAACCAGAUGUAGGCCUUAGUUAUGUCAAAGCAAUUUAUUUCAGUUAAGAGACCUUAAACAUGCAUUUUGUCUGGGACUAGACUUAAGCCAUGUCUGUGAAACCAGGCCUAUAAUUAGUACAAUGUGAUUUUAGUCUAAAUGAAUCAAGUGCAAUGGACAAUUUCAUAUAAUUAUACUUUGUUUUUGUUUAUCGACCAAGCUGAUUUUUUAUUUUCGGCACCAUGCUGUGGUAGCACACUUUUUAGUAGCUGCAACAAAAAAUGAAGAAGAAUGAAGAUGUGUAACUGAUGCUUUGUGUAUUUUUCCAUUUUGGUGCUACCACAGACACAGGAAAUUUAGUUUAGGUUGUGCUAAACGUAGUGUUUUCUGCAAACAUAAUAAUUUUUUUUUAACAUAACACAAAAUGGAUCCAAUAAAAACAGAAUUUGGACAA